UGCACUUGAAAAUGGUCUACUCAUUAAAGGACUGACAUCAUCGUGAGAAAAUCUCUCUAUAUAUAAAUAUUAUUGUAUCUAUAUACAAUAAUAUAUACUCAUUGGAUUUACAAGUUAUGAGCUCAAUAAGCCACCUUAUUUCAUCUGAAUCUUUUAUACUGUUCUUCGUUUUAGUUGCUGUCAAUAGUCCAAAUCUAAGCAUCUAUGUAUUGGGAACUCCUCAAAUCAUAAACUAUACUGUUGCAUCUAUCCAAAAGGAAGUUCACAAUGUACACUUUCUGAAUUUUCUCUCCAAAAUAUCAUCAGAUCCGUUUGACAAUCAAUCAAUAACAAAUGAAAGGAAAGUGUUCAAAUACAAUGAAACUGAUCAUAACUCUGAACUCCAAACUACUGUAUUGCAACAUAAAGCAAACGGUGCAACAAAAUCACAUUGGAAGAAGGAACGAUUUCAGAUGAUUAAGGACAGAUAACUACAUUGUUUAAAUAAAAUUGAAAAUUGUUUCUAUCCUUAACAGCAAACUGAACUAUAUUCAUAUUUGUUUACUGGAAUGAAUGCUGUUUUAUAAGACAACAUAGAGAUAUAGAGAUUGAUAUUUCUCUUAUAUUUCGAUAAUACAAUGAGAAGAUGAAAGUGAUCGGAAUUAUGUAACGAUAUAUUUGUGCAAUACAUUUCGAUCACACAUAAUAUACUACUCGUUUAAACAUUUUUGUACGAGAACUAAUAGGUCAACUCUAGAUAGGUGAAAGGUGUUUGUGGCUGCACACCGAUAAUCAUUUUGUUGCGACAAUCAGCUACGUAUUUCUGAACUCGUGAUUCCAUCCAAUAUCCAGUU